AUGAGGCUGCCGGCCGCUUCUCUCACAGACUUUGAGGCCUUUUCCCUGAUUCAGUACGAGACGUCCCCGUCUACCGCGGGGGAUAGUCCCGCAGGCGCCGCCUCGCCUCUGCUCUUGGGCUCCUGGGGCUCCUCGGCCCUCAGCACGGCCCUCGGCGCCGUGACCGUGGUCGCCAGUGCUCCGUCUGGCGCCGCGGCGGCGAGCUGGAGGGAUGCGGACGACGACGUCGCUUCUGCGUCGCUUCUGCAGCAGGCCGCAGUCCAGCACCAGCUUCGCGCGCUGACUAAGAAGCACCUCGUCCUUCUGCGGGUCGCUGACGCGCCGGUCGCUCUCGUUGACGCGCUGUUGGACCGGGGCUUGAAUCUGCUUCUGUUACUCCCUGCGGCGGCGGAUACCCAGGCGAGCGGCCUCGAGUCUCUGUCUCUCGCCGACCUGGGCGCAGGCCCUCGGGGCGCGAGUCCAGAGACGGAGCCCCUCGAGGGAACGCCGUCCCUCGCGGAAGGUUUGCGACGACACAUGCAGAAACUCGAGCAGAGGCUGAUUUCGAGGUUCUCCGCCGGGGCGUGCCUCUUUGCGCACGAAACACCCCAGUUGACGUCGCUGUAUGAGCAGCUCCAGGAGCAUCAAGAGCGCGCGCUGUCCUCUCAGGCACUCGCGUCCCCCACGGCCUCGUCUUCCGCGCUGCCUGCUCUCCUUCAGCGCGGCGUCGCGCCGACGCUCUCCAUCCAGCGCGCACCGCUCCCCGCCUGGCACCCUGCCGCUGCCUUGGCUUCCUCUCGCCUCACAGCCGCGUUCCACGGCCGAAACAUUUUCGCCUGGCUUCCCGGUCGACGCCCCGAGAACGGCGGGCUGCCGCCUGCGGUGGCAAUCGUUUCCCACUACGAUGCGUUUGCUGCGGCGCCGAACUUGGCCUUCGGCACAGAAGAGAACGGCAGCGGCGUGGCAGCCCUCAUGGAGCUCGCUCGAAUCUUCUCCGGUCUGUAUACGGGAUCUGCGAACGAGAGCGGCGCUGCGGCUUCGAGUCAACCGGGCGACUAUUCGCUACUCUUCCUGCUCACCGACGCGGGUGCUGCGGACUUUGCUGGCGCUGCCCAGUGGCUGGCGAAGGCUGAGCCCCGGGUCCUGGAGUCCAUCAGCUACGUGCUGUGCCUCGACGGCAUCGCCGCCUCGCCUCAGCUGCGCCUCCACACGCCGAAGAAGUACAAGGAUCCCCGCGCUCGAAAACUGCUCCAGAACCUCGAGAAGGCCUUCUCGAUGGCGAGUCUCUCUUUGACUGUGGAGCCGCGGAAGAUCAUCGUGCGCACGCCGCCCAAGCCUUUCUGGAUUCACGAGCACUUCACGAUGAAGAAGCUGAUUGCAGGGACUUUAUCGUCGCGAGCCGACGUCACCAGUCUGUGGGCGCGAAGCUCUCUCCUCGACCGCAGUCCUUCUCCGCAGUCUCGUGAGAACCUCGCGCGCGUCGUGGGCGCUCUGGCGGAGGGCCUUGCACACUUUGUCUACGACAUGGACGAUUUUUCGGUCAAAAUCGCCGAAGGCUCAAACCGCCCCCUGGUGCCCUUCCUCGACGCGUGGCUCUCGCUCGCAUCUCGCUCUCCUCGGUUCUACGCCUACCGACAAGCGAAGAAAAACAGGACAGACAGCACGCCGUCGCCGAGUGCUGCCUUCGCCGAUGCGCUGCACGCGUGGCUCGGCAAGUUUGUCCCUCCUGCGCAGUCGCAGACGUUCACCCUUCCCUCCUCCGGCACUGUUUUCACCUAUGAGCCGCCGAUGUAUCUGAGUGUGAUUGAAACGCGCCCUGCCCUCUUUGACGUCCUCUGUCUCCUCGCGGCUCUUGCCUAUUGCUUCACCGUGUACUACUCGAUUGUUGGAUGGCAUCGUCUUCUCCCUUCGAUUAGCAACUUGACCACGUCAGUGCUUUCUCUCUUCUCGAGCUCUGGAUCCGCCAGCUCGGCGACGCGCAAAACUGUGUAG